GGCCCGUGCGCCAGGACUGGACCUGCAAGACCUGCGUCAACAAGCGUGGGCGCGCGGUGGUCAACUGGGAGACGGCGCUCAAGUGCCAGGCGUGCAGGCUGCCCAAGCACGCGUGCUUCGGGGCGAACGUGCCACUGCCCAAGCCUGGCAAGGCGGCGAAGCAGCCUGCGGCGGCGAGCGGCGAGCUCCCACCAUGGGCUGGAGGCCCCCCGCUCGCGGUGCGGUUGGCGCAGGCGCAGCGGGGUCUCCAGGAGCCCAAGAAGCAGCUCAAGGGCGCCAGCGGCGCUGGCGGCGGGGGUCCGCAGCUCGCGGGGGCCCAAGACAUGGUGGUCGACGACGGCGCCGCCGCCGAGGUCAAGGAGUGCGAGGCGGGCCUCCAGGCGCUCAAGGACGCGGCAGCGGGCUGGGCCAAGGCGCCGCGCGACGAGCUGCGGGCCAGGCUCGAGAAGGCGAAGGCCAAGCUGUUCGCCAACAAGCCGCCCCACGCCAGUACGCACGCCAGCGCCAACAGGGCAAAGCAGUGUGCCGAGCGGCCGGACAGGGCGGACGGCGCGAUGCGCAUGGCCAAGGCGGACGCCGAGCUCCUCGCGCAGCAGGCGGCGCUGCAGACGGAGCUGGCUACGCUCCAGCAGCCGGCCCCGCAGGCGCCGCCCCCCCGCGCGGCUGGCCAGGCCAUGGCGUCGGACGUCAUCGGCGGGCUCGGCAUCGCGGCCGGGGGGUUGGAGGCCAUCGCGCGGGCGCCCCUGGCCGAGCACCCUGGCGACGCGCAGCCUGUCCCAGCAGCGGCGCAGCAGCGGGCGGCGGGGGUGCCGGGCGAGCGGCUCGCCGAGCUCCACGUCUCCAAGCGGGCACGGCGAGCGGGGCCCCCCGCCGCCGAGGCGGCCGCGGGCGAAGAGCACGGGGCCGCGGACGGCAGCGCGGGGGGCGGACUUGCGCAGGAGUCCCUGGAGCAGCUCCAGCAGCACCUGCAGGUCGGACUGGAGCACGAGGGCGACGAGGAGCACCACGACAGGCUGGCCUCCUUGCAACACGCCAUGCUGGACCACGGCCACGCGGGCGCCUGGGCCGCGGCCGCCGCAGGCGCCUGCGGGAGCGACGACAUCUCUGGCGGGGUGGCGGUCUUGGCGCGGACCCACGUCGUCGUCACCAGCCCUCCUUUCCUGGACAGCCCUGUUCUGACUGAGGCGCGCCUGGUGGCGGCUCACGUGCACUGUGGAGCGGCUGGGGGCCUGGUCGCGGUCUCGGCGCACCUGCUCGACAGCGCCGGCUGGAACGAGGAGAACCAGCGGCUCGGGAUGAUCCUCGUGCGCUACCCAGCCAGGCUCAACGCGGCGGGGCUGGGCUGGGUCGUGGGCGGCGACUUCCCCGGGUCGGCGGAGACGCCCCCCAUGCAGCUAGUCCACGACGUGCGAGGGCUGUGGGCUGCGCCCGACACGGCUGCCUGCAGGCCGCGGGUCAGCGCGUGGUCCACCAUCGACAAUUUCCUGCACGCGGCCAACCUGGCGCCGCGUUUGGGCAAGCCGCAGGUGUUCGAGGAGGGCGCCACAGCACCGCACCUCCCUGUGGCGGUCACGGCGCAGGCCCAGGAUCUCCCCAUGAAGGUCCGCGUGGUCCGAGGGCCGAGGCCCAUCGGGCCUGUCCCGCCUCUCGGCUGCAGCCGCUGGGCGGAGGACUGGCGGCGGCCACUGGCCAAGGUGCGGGCCGUAGCGAGCGCCACGCAGCUGCCCGCGGCCUGGGGCGCGGUGGUUGAGGCCAUCGAACGAGAACCGCUGGACCGCUACAACCACGUUGGCGGGCUCGCCACGCGAUGGGGGCCCGGGCGCAUGUCGCCAAAACCCUCCGUCGACUCCACGUUGCCGACUCGCCGUGGACACCCGAAGCCAGUCAGCACGACAAAAUUGGCGGCGCCCCUGCUGGAGGCGGGCGCCUAUAUGCGGGAGAUCGCAGCGCAACACCGCGGCACGCUCGCCCUGGUGCCGCACUGGGUUCUGAACUUUCUCCAGCAGCAGCUGCUCGCCCUCAAGUCGGAGGGCUUCGUGGGGCAGGCUGCCAGCGCAGUGGAGUACGCCAACGGCCAGUACGAAGAGGCGCUCAGGCGGCAGCAGCAGGCCUGGGUCAAGUGGGCGAACGACGCCUCCAGCAGAGGUGCGGGCCAGGCACACCGCGGCUCCGAGGUCAGAGACUUGCAGGAGGUUGUCUCCGCCUGGCACGGCGAGCAGCAGGAGGCGAGCCCCCACCGCGGGUGGCCAGCCUGGCGCAGCUGGCGCGGCGACGAGGCCGCCCGCGGGCGCAGGCGGAGGCUCGACGCCGUGUCGUUCGGCCUGGUCAUCGACCUCACAUGA